CUUGACCUGGACGCAUCGUAUUGUAGCACUGCCAUGUUGUUCUUCGUGUGUGUGUUUUUCACUCCAUUAAAUAUGUCGCUGUCCCUGCUUGUUUGGCCCCCUCUCCAGCCCGUCGUUGUCUCUCCCUGACCUUGACUUCGGUUGCUGUCUUGCCUCCAUUCAGGCACAAUAGGUCGAUAGCUUAGCCAAGGAUGACGAGCCUAUUCUCAAUCUGCCUGUUCCUGUCUGCUUCUUGGUUUGCUGCUCCCUCCAGUGCUAGAUCCCUGCCGUGGGCAAGCAAUGUACAUCUUGCCGCACGCGACUUGACGCCUGCUUCGAAGCUCCCUGGUAACUGGACAUAUCAAGGAUGCUAUUCUGAUAGCACGGGGUCCCGCACCCUGAGCAAUGGCGGCUACAAUAGCGGAAACCAAAUGACCGGCGAGGUGUGUAUCUCGUACUGUAGCCAGAACGGCUUCAUCUAUGCUGGAACAGAGUAUGCCGGGGAGUGCUACUGCGGAGCUCGUCUCUCGAGCACAGCGACCGAGAGUCCGGAUUCGGACUGUAACAUGGCCUGUAAUGGUGAUGCGGCGCAGGCAUGUGGUGGUCCAGGCCGUCUUACAGUAUAUUGGAACGGACAGUCCCCUGCUGCGGAUCCUAUCGUCAAUCCAGGUCCAGCUGGAUGGAAGUCUUUGGGCUGUUAUGAAGAUGGCGGUUCCCGCACGCUCUCCCAGGGCGUUGCCGUACAGGGAGAUUUGACCGUCGCCAAGUGUACGGCUGCGUGCAAGGCGGGCAAAUACAAGUAUGCUGGGGUCGAAUACUCGUACGAAUGCUAUUGCGGUAACACAAUCGACAACGGCCAUGGCCCCAAGUCUGAUGGCUGUACGAUGACAUGCAAGGGGAACAGUACCGAGUUUUGUGGUGGUGCGAACCGCAUCAACCUGUACGGACCGCCAGACGCCGUUCAGUCGUCUGCACCAAAUUCUCAACCUUCCCCGACUGUUGAUCCGGGCACCGCCGUUGAUCGGCCAAACACUGAUGCUCCAGUACCUGCUCAGACCACACCGUCUGAGGUUGAUGUAGCCACCACGCCUACUGGUGCUGUUGCCACGGCGGCACCGAGAGAGACUGGCUCGGCUAACCAGCUGCCGCAAGGCUGGACCUAUGCAGGCUGCUAUGUAGAUGGCCAAUAUGGCCGUAUUCUGGUGCAUGGACCGCCCGAUAGCGACUCUUUGACCAUCAAUGGGUGUGUGUCGACAUGCGUGCAGAUGGGAUACUCUGUUGCAGGGAUGGAAUACUCCAGGCAGUGCUUCUGUGACAACUACAUCCGUAAUGGCGCGCUCAACACUACGGACUCGGACUGUAGCAUGGCUUGUUCCGGGGCUGCUGACCAGAAGUGCGGUGGACCGGACAGAGUGAGUGUGUAUGGUCAAGCGCCGGUGAAGAUCAUUCAGCGGCCCGAACAGCAGACGGAUAACUUGCCUGGUAACUUCAAGUAUAUUGGCUGUCGCACGGACGACUCUGGUGGUACAAGGACAUUACCGUACAAAGCUGUCUACGCAAACACCAACAAUGCCACCACAUGCCUGACCUCAUGCAUGACGUUCGGCUACAACGCGGGCGGCAUGGAGUACGGCGAGGAGUGCUACUGCGGCGACCCAGACAUGGUCCCGGCGGGAACCACCUUUGUCGAUGAUUCCGAGUGCAACACUCCUUGUCCCGGGAAUCCGGAAGCGUUCUGCGGCGCCGGAAAUCGCAUGUCCUACUACGAAUAUCAGGGCGAUCAGCUCCAGGUCUGGAACUACCCCUCUGGCAAUGAUGCUGGAAGGUACGAGUUUCUCAUCUACGCGCCGACUGUUGCCCUCAUCACCACUUUGGGGGUCAAUGGGAAGGUUACUUUCCAGGAGAAGUUCGGUACUCAGUACAAUGGCACUGGCUCAUACGAGUUUGACCCCUUUUACGAGGACAAUUACGAUGCGGCCUGGCGCGAGAUGAUUGGUCUUCGGACGGACAUUUUCUGCGCAGCCGGUCUCGUUCUUCCGGAUAGAGCUGGUCGACAAGUCACCUUUGGCGGCUGGGCAGGCACGUCGACCAUGGGCAUCCGCCUCUACUGGCCAGAUGGUGCGCCUGGCGAGCAGAGUGUCAACGACUGGGAGGAAAACGCCGACGAGCUUCAACUACAGAACGGUCGCUGGUACCCCAGUGCCAUGCAAAUGGCCAACGGCUCCAUCCUCAUCGUCGGUGGCGAGACAGGCUCCAACGGACCUGCUGUCCCUACCAUCGAAAUCGUGCCUCGCGUCGGCCCUGUACUUACCAUGGACUGGCUACAGCGAACCGACCCCCUGAACCUCUACCCCUUCCUCGUCGUCCUCCCAGGCGGCGGCAUCUUCGUCGGCUACUACAACGAAGCCCGCAUCCUCGACGAAAACACCAUGGCCACCAUCAAAACCCUCCCCAACAUCCCCGGCGCCGUCAACAACCCCCUCGGCGGCCGCACAUAUCCGCUCGAAGGCACCCUCAUGAUCUUCCCCCAGCACGCUCCCUACACCGACCCCCUCGAAGUCCUCAUCUGCGGCGGCUCAACCCCCGGCUACCCAGUCCCACUCGACAACUGCGUCUCCACCCAGCCCGAAGCCGCAAACCCGCAAUGGACUAUCGAGCGCAUGCCCAGCAAGCGCGUCCUCUCCUGCAUGACCGCCCUGCCGGACGGCACUUUCCUCAUCCUCAACGGCGCACACUUCGGCGUCGCGGGCUUCGGCCUUGCCUCCGACCCGAACUUCAACGCCCUGCUCUACGACCCCCGGAAACCCGUCAAUCAACGUAUCAGUGUCAUGGCAAAUACCACCAUCCCCCGCCUCUACCACAGCGAAGCCCUCCUCCUCCCCGACGGCCGCGUCCUCGUUUCAGGCUCCAACCCAGACGAUGGACCCGACGCAGUCUCGACAAACGAAUACCGCGUCGAGGUCUUCCUCCCACCGUACCUGCUCUCCGGCCUCCCCCGCCCCACCUUCACCCUCCCCUCCUCACUCUCCCCAUCAUCCUCCACAGCAGCAGUAAACACAACCGCUAUCCCCUACGCCUCCACAUUCACACUCACCCUCACAUCCGCACUCUCCUCCCCGCUCUCCAGCCUCCGCAUCUCCCUCCUCGGCACUACUAGUAAUACUCACGGCAAUACGUUUGGCCAACGCACGUUUUUCCCCGAGUUUAGCUGUCGGGGAAACACGUGUACGGUUACGGCGCCGCCGGAUGCGCAUGUUUGUCCGCCCGGGUGGUUUAUGGUGUUUGUGCUUGAUGGGCAGGUGCCGAGUGUGGGGCAGUUUGUGAGGAUUGGCGGGGAUGUUGGGGGGCUGGGAGACUGGCCGCGAGUGGAGGGGUUUGUGGUGCCUGGGGUUUGAUUUCGGAACGAAGG